AUGUGGAAAAACUUACAUAAAGCUUUACCUUAUUAUUUGUUAUUUAUUAAAGAUGAAUAUUUUGAAAUCUCUAUAACAGAUUAUGUCAAAAUCUGGAUUGUUCGUUUGAACCUGGAUGAAUUUACUAGCCAUCUAAAAGAAAGCAAUUUAGGUUUAGAAAUACAUUCCAAUGAAUUGAUUGAAAAUGGUAUCCAUAUGUUGUUAUAUCCAGAAGAGCUCAAAAGUGCCACCGUUUCAAAUAAAGAGGAUAAAUUAGAAGUCACACUGUGUAAAUCAUUUGGAUAUCCCCUUAAAUUUAAAGUCCUAUUGUCAAUUGGUUCUCAGGAAUUGUUCUUCCAGAAAAUAAUACAGCCAUUACUAAAAACAAUACAAGAUCUACAUAGUAGUGAGAGUGAAUUACGGUCCAUUUUAAAAAAUAAAGAUAAAGAGAUAGAAGAGUAUAAAUUAGAAGCUGGAGAAAUUUGUCUAAGAUACCUGAAAACAAAACCAUUCAAUGAUAAAGCUCAUAUGGAAAAGCAUUAUAGGUAUGAUAAUUAUUUCGGCUCUGCUACGAUACCAGAUGGUUUAUUAGAUAAAUCUGUGGAUAUACCUAAAGAAACCAUGGUUAAAAGAGAUAUCAAGUCUGAGCCUACAUCACAGGUAAUAGAAAAUGAUCCCGUUAUUCCUAAGGUUGAAAUUAAAGAGGAACAUAUUAAAAUUGAACCACAGUCAGCACUGCCCGUAAAAAGAAGAAAAAUCAGACUUAACAUUUGA